UGCCGGCCGCCCCGGUCGGGCGUCGUGCCACAAUCGAAAGCUUUAAUAAACAGUGCAUUGCCGCAGCAGCAGAAGGAGCAGCAGUAGGAGAGCAACGUGGAGAGUGUUAAACCGUUUGCGCACCGAGUUUGUUAUGCGCUAGCGUAAGCCGGGAAUAGGUCCACGAUUUACACACUACUGGGCACUACUCGUUGUGCAGUUUUUAAAGGAGUGAAUCAAAAACACACAUACACACAAAACAAAGCGCGUCUUCAUUCGCGUGUGAUAAAGGAAAGCGCAAAACACCCCGAAUGUUCAACAUGUGGGCCCCGGAGUCGGAAAUCAACUCGAUUGCCUUUACCAACAUCCGCCAUUCGGUGUCAGCUUCGUCUGGUAUCUCUACACUCUCGAGCUGUGGAGAUCCAGAGCGCCUACCGGAGCUACCACCGGGUGAUGAACAGCGUCUUCAGCGAGCUGCCUUGACUCUACAACAGAAACUAAUACUUCGCGAGUGGCUUAAGGAGCACCGGCUGCAGCAUCAUUAUUCCAGAUUGGUUGCCAUCGAGGUUACGGCACUGGAAGAUGUGUACUGGCUGGAAGAUUCCCGCGCCAGCCAAAUCCUCGGCAAGGAUUGGCCGAUCUGGUCGAGCGCGCGCCAAAAACUGCCAACCUCCAAAGCCAACCUGGAAGCCUUAAAAGCCGACCUGUGGUCCACGGUGGUCAAGUCCAGCCAGCACCAGGAUGCCUGGACCUGGGGCGGCAUGCUCGUCGUCUCGGUGUCCGUCGCCGGGCUGGUCACGCUGGCCGCCAUGACGCAACCGUCCCUCGCACCGGAAGCACGCCACUCGCUCCUGCAGUACGUCACCGGCAAGUAUCUGCUUCCCGCGAACUGCAAGGUGCACUGGGACUGGACCGAACCGGGGGUCGGCGGCACGAUGUGCUUUACCGUCCGGUUCCAUCAGCGCAACGGCCAGGCCUAUCCCAUCUGUGAUACGGAUCAGUUUUUCGUGGAGGUGACCGAAGGUACGCGCAAGAUCGUCACGAUCAGCGAGCUCGGCUCGCCGACCGAUCCGAACAACGCCAACAUUGCGCGGGUCAAGUUUACCGUGCGCACCGCCGGUCAGUACAAAAUCUCGGUCCUGAUCGGGUCUAGUCAUAUCGCGGGCAGUCCGUUUACGAAAACGUUCGCCCCUGGGCCGAUGGAUGCCCGUCGGUCGCGUCUGAUCAGACCCGCCAGUACGGUUGUGUGCUGUGCCGGUGCACCAACCUUCCUGCAUAUUGAGCCGCGGGACGAGCACGGCAACACGUGCCAGUUUGAGGCGGACUGUGACCCGAUCAAAGGCUACAGCAUCGACAUCUUCGAUCUCUACGGUAACCAUAGUGAUAAGUUUGGCAGUGCGGUAACGUUCUCGUACGAUAAGGUGAAUGCGCGCAUCAGCCUGACCGCUCUGUUCCCGGAGCCGGUGUGCCUGCGGGCGGUGGUCGCGUACGAGACGCAACCGAUCCCGAACGGGGACUUUGACAUUAUUGUGCUGAGCAGCAGUGAUACGACGCUGGUGCAUAAGAAUAUUGCCUCACGCAAGCACAACAUCUGCUACGAGGCGAAGCUGUUCAGCAUUUAUGGGCAGCAGCGAUGGACCAAACCGCGCAAGGUGUUGUGCUAUGUGGGGCCGAAGCAGGUCACCAUCAAGGAGAUGAUCCUGAAAAUCAUUCCCAAGCGUAUAGCGACGUUCCGGCUCUGUCCUUCCACUAAAUUCCACUUUCUUCCACCAUCAACCAUUCAAAUGAACAACGGGCACGGUGCCAUCUUCAUCAUUGACGAUGGCUGUCAGCCAAAGAUCGAGCUGGCGUCCAAGGAGCGCAACGUCAUCGCGGCCACCUUCACCCACUUCCUGCUGAAGAACAUCGGAGGAUCGGAAACGUUCAAAGACAAGCAAGACUUCUUACACGAAGUGCGACUUGUGCGCAAGUUCCAUUCCAACUACUACCACGAGAAGCUAUCGCUGAAGGUGCAGCGCGACAAGAUCCUGGAGUCGAGCAUGAAGGCGACGAAGAACUUUUCCGUGUCCGAUUGGUGCGGCAUUGAGGUUACAUUCCAGGGCGAGCAAGGCAUUGAUUGGGGCGGCCUGAGACGCGAAUGGUUCGAACUGGUCUGCAGUGCCCUAUUUGACCCCCGUGGCGGUCUGUUCUGUACAUUCCACGACAAGCGGCAGGCCCUGGUACAUCCGAACCCGAACCGGCCGCCCCAUCUGAAGCUAAAGCACUUCGAAUUUGCAGGCAAGGUCGUCGGCAAGUGUCUGUAUGAGUCGGCACUCGGUGGCACCUACCGGCAGCUCGUACGAGCACGCUUUUCUCGCUCCUUUUUGGCACAGCUGAUUGGCCUGCGAGUACACUACAAGUACUUCGAGCAGGACGAUCCCGAUCUGUACCUGUCGAAGAUCAAGUACAUCUUGGAGACGGAUCUGGAUACGAGUGAAAAUCUGGAGCUGUACUUCGUGGAGGAGAUGUACGACCAGAGUGGUCAGCUGCAGAAGACUGUCGAGCUGAUCCCAAACGGAGCAAAGGUGCGGGUUACGAACGCAACCAAGAACCAAUAUCUGGACGCGUUGGCCCAGCAGCGUCUUUGUAAUAACGUCCGAGAGGAGAUCGACAGCUUCCUGAAGGGAUUGAACGGUAUCAUUCCAGAUAAUUUGUUGAGCAUUUUCGACGAGAAUGAGUUGGAGUUGCUACUCUGUGGUACCGGCGAGUACUCGAUCGCUGACUUCCGGGCGAAUCACAUCAUCAACGGAGGUUCGGCCGAGUUCCGCCGCGUUCUUGGUUGGUUUUGGGCGGCCGUCGGUAACUUUUCGCAAACCGAAAUGGCGCGUCUACUUCAGUUCACCACUGGCUGCUCCCAGCUACCUCCUGGAGGCUUUCAGGAACUGAAUCCUAGGUUUCAAAUUACUGCAGCUCCUACGUUUGGUAAUCUUCCAACGGCACACUUGUUUCAACAACUUUGCCUGCCCGACUACGAAAGUUACGAGCAGUUUGAGAAGGCACUCAUGUUUGCCAUCAGCGAGGGCACCGAAGGUUUUGGCAUGGUCUAA